AUGUUAGGUAAAAGGGGGCUUGAAUCGCGUUCAGGAAUUGUUCUGAAAAAGGCUCAUGUAAUUACAGAUGGUUCUAGAGGACAGAAAAGCGUUUCAGAUUGUCCUAGCAAGCCUCCUGCUAGGACUUUUACUGUAGCUGCUAAGGAUCUUGUACAAGUGAUAGCAAAGGAAGUGUCAAUGUCAGCGAACAGUCUAACAAAUGAGUUCCAGAAUGAAAGGCUGGAAGAGCUUAUGACAGAUUCCUGCAUAUCACAAUCUCAGCACGUAGAGGUGGGGGAAGAUUUGGAACCUUGGGUCCCUGAUGAAAAUGAUCCUGGUUGUCCGGAAUUGGAAAACAUAUUUGAUAACCCUUGGAAUAGAGGCUGGGAUCAGUUGGAAACGAAUGCUACUUUAUUUGGAGUUGAGAACACCUUGAAUGAGGAACUUUACACAACAAAUCUUGGGAGUAGCCCUCAGACGAGAGAAUUGGAAUUGGAAGCUACACAUUUAGCUAGGGAGUUUGAGGGUGAGCACACCCUUGAUCUUCACUUAGUUGAGGAGAAAGUUAUUCAAUCCGAUGAAAUUGAUGAAGAAACUCAGUUCUCCUCAGUCUCCCGGAAAUUCGAUGACAGUGGUCAUGACGAGGUUGAGAACAUUUUGGUGGAUUCUCAAAAUGGUGAAACAUUUGGAGAUGUCUCCAGUACGGUUAUUGGCAAAUCUCCAAUAGACAUGAUUAUGGGGGAAAACAUUGAUGGAAUUGAAGCACCGCCUAGAUCUUCAGCGACGGAAAUGAUUGGAUCGUUGAUUCCUGACACAAGUGAUGACAGUGUUCUCCUAUCUGAAGUGACCGAGAGUAAGAACUCGAAUUCUCCCCUCGGUAUUGGUUUGAAGCCCAAUUUUGCGCUUUUGAAUGGGGAAAUAGACCUGGACAAUCUGUCGGUUAAAGUUCUUCAGGAGACUUUUAAGGCAACCUUCGGAAGAGAAACUUCUGUGAAGGACAAAAUGUGGCUCAAAAGGAGGAUAAUCAUGGGUUUGACUAAUUCUUGUGAUUUCUCAACCACAAAUCUUUUACUUAAUGACAAUAGAGUGGUAAAGAAGGGUAAAGAGGAAACUCGUAAAAAUACAGAUUGCUCUGUUUCAGUUGAUUUUGCUGUUACAUCUGAGGUGGAGAGCCAUGAAAGACAUACUUGCACUAAUAAACAAAAUGGGACCAGCACAGAUUCCAUUGGGAUGCAAACACAAAGUUAUUUUCAAGAAAAUUGUGAAAGUAAAGAUGCUUAUCCCGAACAAAGACCUGCGAAACGAGUUCGUAAGCCUACAAAACGAUUUAUUGAGGAAUUUUCUGAAGGAGAAUGCAGGGAUUCUGGUGCCAAAACAGUAUCAUUGGUUAAACAUAAUAGUAAGCCGUCAGCAUAUGUUUGUGAGAGACCUGUUCAUGAUUUUGGACCGAGUAGUAGAUGUUUUCUCAGGGAAGAUUCACUUGGAGGUUCUGGAGUUCAGGUCCCAUAUGUUUCACGGAUUAGGCGGAGUCGUCCAAGAGAAAAUUUUAUGCCCCUCUUGAAAUUUCAGUCUGGUGGUUUUGAAAUAUCUAGUAGCCUGGAGAAGAAUGGUGUUGCAUCAUGCAAAGAACUUGAAAAUGAAAGCGAUCAAGUACUCAAGAGCAGCAUGUCUCACAAAUGGUCUCAAGAGCCUGUCGUUUGUUCUUCAGAAAGACGCAAGUUUUACAUGGAGAAGAAAACAAUUCAGCUUAAACGGGACAGUCAACGCAGAAAAAUGAGGUCAUAUAAGACUAGUUCAGACGAUGAAGUAGUUACUGUUCCUACUGCUAACGGAGGAAUGAGGAGGAAACAUCAUCGGCCUUGGUCUCUUAGUGAAGUUGUUAAGCUGGUUGAAGGGGUUGCCAAAUAUGGUGCUGGUAGAUGGUCUGAGAUCAAACGUGUUGCCUUCUCAUCAUAUUCUUACCGGACUUCUGUUGACUUGAAGGACAAAUGGAGGAAUCUACUAAGGGCUAGCCUUGCCGAAUCGCCAACUGGAAAUGGGAUCCCCAGUGCUCGAAAACAAGCUUCACUUCCAAUACCUGCUACAAUUCUGUCCCGUGUGAGAGAACUUGCUGAUACACCACAUGUCACACCCAUCCUCAGCUCUGCUGAUACACCACAUGUCACACCCAUCCUCAGCUCGGGCAGUUGA